AAUAAGUUAUAGCGUACUGCAUCCCUAGAGCACCGUUAUAUGAAAGCUUUGCAGAAUGGGUGAAAUAAAUGCGCUCAGUUGCGUUGGACAGGACGAUGUCGUUUCCCUGCGCAUCGUGUGCACCAUGGCUCGCGACGGCAGGCAACACAACCUCGAGGAUGUGGACAUGUAUGGGAACACCGCCCUAUUGAAGGCCUGCUAUUUGGGGAGAUUUGAGUGCGCUUGUACGCUGCUGGAAUUUGGGGCAAACAUCUUUGCUAUGAACUACUUCGGACAAAAUGCCCUGACACUGGCCACUUAUGCUGGGCAUUUGAAUUUAGUAAAGGAGCUGUUGCGACGAAGAUCCUACAAGGAUUUUAAUCUGUCCUCGAUGAUACCGGCUCUUUGUGUGGCUACACUGCAAAAACACUCCGCAUUGGUGGCCUAUUUUACCCAAUUGGAUCCGAGGGGCGUGCAAGAAACUCAAACAGUGCAUGGUCUGGGAGUUGCAGAGCUGCGUGGAAUGAUUAAAGCUGCAGGCCGCUUAGAUAAGCGCAAUGCGCGCUCCCCUCCCACUUUUAUUACCAAUCGUCUGCGUUAAUGUAUUGUCAUAUUGUAAUAAUUUAUUCAUUUUUUUUAAUAUAUUAAUAUU